AUGGCUGACCAUUCCGCUGCCUCGGCCGCGUCGCAAGGGGCUGCGAGCGCUUCUCAGCACCAGCGCAUCCUCUUGCAAAAGCAGCUCACCGAGGUGCGCAUGGAAAAUGCUAUCCUGCGCCAACAGCUGUACCAAGUGAGUACUCUGCUCGACAUCGCCGUGAGCAAGCUGGGGACUAUGGGUGUGUCACUCGAGACACCCAUCGACAUUCGCGCACUGCGCACGGAGGCGUUGCAACGGGCACAUGCUGAGACGGCCCAGGCCCAAUACAACGCAAUCGGAGCCUCACCAGAGAGUGGAAAAUCCCCUGCGCAGCAUUACAACAAAAAAUUCCAGAUGCGCCAGCAGCUGCGCGAGCACACAAAGGCGGUUCAGUGCUGCGCCUUCUCCGACAGUGAGGACCUCCUCAUCGCCACUGGCGGCAUGGACUGUCGCCUAAUCGUGCAGAACUACCUAAGCGGGGCGAAGCUGUGGGAUGCCACGGCGCACGAGGAGGCGGUGAGCGACGUCGCUUGGAUGAAUCACAACUGCCUGCUCUCCGCGUCGUACGACAAUACGGUGAAGCUGUGGGAUGUGAACGGCGGAACGACGAACAAGGACGUGUUGUACCAGUACACUACCCACGGCUUUGUGCUCUCUGCCAUUCCGCUAGGACCGUCGCUGUUCGCUUGCGCAGACUCGCGACACAAGACGGCCAUCGUCGACGUCCGUGUCGGCGGAAAGGGUAUGGUACAGGAACACGACUACCGCAUCAACUCACUGAGCUAUGACGAGGCCGCCCAGCAGCUGCUGAUGGGGCAGAGCAACGGCGUGGUGUCCAUUUGGGAUAUGCGGCGGCCUGAUCAGGCUCUGUCCACCGCCAGCAGCAGCAUCGCUGGCGUUUUGCCAGGUUCGUCUUUGCCGCCGCUGCAGCAUCAGCGAUGUGGCUCCAUGAAUAUGAACGGCGCUGUAGAAGGGGACGCCACACCCAUGACGACGCUGGAGGACGGCGCUGCCGGCGGCACCAACACUCCCGGAUUAAACAGCGGCCUCAUGGCAGGCGGCAGCGUCAGCAGCGUCGGCGGCCCACCCCGCUUCACCUGCGCCACGGAGAUCGAGAAUGAGCCCUCGCGCUCGCCCAUUUCCUUUAUCGCCCACUUUUACAGCGACGAUGACACGUGUCGGCUUCUGUGUGUCUCGGGCGACAACAUGGUGCGGCUUUAUCGCGGCAAUUUCAGCGCCUUCACCGGCGGCGGUCGCAAGGACGGCAUCGGCCUGUAUGUGCUGCGCAACGUCCUCGCAGGCGUGCCGACGCGAGGCAACGUUAUGCGUUGCGGUUUCUGGAAGGGAGAGCGUGAUAAGACGGAGAUGUCGGUCUUUUUUGACGAUGGCGAAAUGGACGGCGUGGCUCGGCCGCCGCGGCGUCUGACAGAGUGCGACUUGCUCGUCACAGGCGGGCCCGACAACACCGCGCAGGUGUGUGACGUUACCGAUGAUGGCGGUGCGGUGGUGCUGGAGCGGCUGGAGGGUCAUCGCGACCGUGUGACCGGGGCAACAGUGCGCCGCUCCCGCAAACCGAUCAUCGCCACGAUGAGCGCAGACUCGACAGUGCGCAUUUGGAUGCCUGUCAAGUCCUGA